CAAGUGUUCAACUAUCUCAAGAAUCUAGUUAUGAUAUGAAGUAGCCUCCAGAACCAUGGCCACCUUAAUUUCAUCUUCAUCUUCUUCUUUCAUCCUUCAACCCCUUAAACCCUCAAAACCCUCAGUAAUCUCCGACCCAAAGUUCCUUCCUUGGACCAUUAUAUCAACUUCUCAGCCAAAAACAGCUACAAGAAAUGCUCAAAAAUCAAAUUCCAGGCCUCGCAAAAGGUCCUCAUAUGGCACCUCAAGAAGGUCCAUUCUCAAGAAAACCUUCUCUCAGGAGCAGGUAACUUUCUCUGCGCCCCUCUCUGGUGACCCCCACGUGGGGAUAAUUGGAGGAGGCAUGGCGGGCCUUGCUUGUGCUUUGAGUCUGGACCAGAAAGGUGUUAAGUCUACUGUUUUUGAUACGGGGAUUCAUGGUUUGGGAGGAAGAAUGGGAACUAGAAUAAUUGAUCCUCAACCACUAAUAUUUGAUCAUGCUGCUCAGUUCUUUACUGUGAGUGAUUCGCGGUUUGGUCAGUUAGUUGAUGCUUGGUUGGAGAGAGGUCUGGUGCAGCAGUGGGAAGGUUUGAUUGGGGAGCUUGAAAUUGGUGGCCGGUUUGUUCCAUUUCCUUCUUCCCCUCCAAGAUAUGUUGGCAUUAAUGGGAUGCGCCCUCUUGCUGACUCUUUAUUGACCCAGACGUCUAUGGUCAAUGUUGUGAGACCUUGCUGGAUAAGUAAACUUGAGCCAUUUAACGGGAUGUGGCACUUGAGUGAGGAUGGAAAACCUCGUGGGCAGUUUGAUAUAAUUGUUAUUGCUCAUAAUGGAAAAUGUGCAAAUCGCUUACUUGGUUCAUCAGGCUUACCUCUUAUUGCCAGACAAAUGAAGAGGUUGGAACUCAGUUCCAUAUGGGCUCUCCUUGCAGCAUUUGGGGGACCCCUUCCUCUAGGUGGGGAAUUCACAUUUGAAGGAGCCUUUGUUAAAGGAGUUGAUUCUCUCUCAUGGAUGGCAAAUAACUCAAUGAAACUUUUGGGUUCUCGAAAUGAUGGUCCUCAAUGUUGGACCUUUUUCAGCACUGCAGCUUAUGGAAAGCAAAACAAGGUUCCACAGGAAAACAUCCCAACUGCCACCGCAGAGAAGGUGAAAACAGGUAUGCUUGAAGGUGUUGAAGCUGCACUUGGACUACCAAGGUGUUCACUUCAAAAGCCCCUUUACACUCGAGUCCAAUUAUGGGGUGCGGCCCUUCCAACUAAUACUCCUAGUAUCCCAUGCAUCUUUGACCCUCAUGGAAGGGCUGGUAUCUGCGGCGAUUGGUUGCUGGGUUCAAGUUUAGAGUGUGCAGCCUUAAGUGGCAUGGCUCUUGCUAAUCAUAUAGUAGAUUAUUUACAAAGUGGUGGAGUUUGUCCUGAGGAGUUUGCUGUUGGUUUGCACAAUGAGUUCCAGCCCCUUGAAGGACAUGAUAUUGGACAAUUUCCAGGCUUGGAAUCCAAGGAAAAGGAAGAUCUUCAAACAUAUCAACUUACCACUUGAAUUCAUAAACAGGCUAUGGAGACUUCAGAGUUCUCUUAGAACUAGUGCAUAAAGGUAGCCCUUGGAAAAGUUGCUAAGCAAGAUACUUAAGUUCAUUCUUGAACAUCAUCCAUUAUGAAACCAAAUGACAAAUGCAUGUUUCAAGUUUUAGGGCAACCAAUAUUUAUGGAAAGAAUUUGUUCUCAGAAGCAGGUGACAAGAAAGAUGAGAGUUUCCCAGUACAGUAUACAAAGCGUAACAGAAAUCACUGUCCAACCGCAGCAAAGGAGGGGACAACAUAAAUUUUGCCUCUUCGAUAAAUGGAACUUUUAAUGAACCACUUCACACUCAUCAUCUAUUCAGGUUUAGACUGUUUAGUAGGUAGAGCAAGUACCAAAUCAUGUGAAUAUGUCAAAACUUACAGUUUGUAAAAUAUUUCUGGAAGUUAUAAAUUUCAGUUGUAACAGA